UGUUUUUUUAUUUUCCCCCUUUUUUUUUAUGUCUUCUUUCUUCAUCUUCAUUGCCCCUUUUUUUAAAUAUUAUUAUUUACUUAGAUAUAUAUAAAUAUAUCACAUAAUUGUGCAUUGCACGCAUUACUUCACACUACACACCCCACACUCUAUUAUACUAUCAUCUUUUCUCCUAGCUACAUAGAACCCCAGAUCAAAAUCUUAGUUUUUAUUUUUAUUUUUUUAAUUUUAAUUUGUUGAUCUUCUAAACCCCACUUCUUUUCACAUCCAUUCAUUCUUCCUACUACCUUAUCUUCUUUCAAUAACCCAACUAAUGGAGGAGUCAGGGGAAAAUUGGCCUUCGGAUUCUGAUUUGGAAAUGGGUGAUGACAAUAAUAAUGAUUAUUGUUAUGAUGAUGAAGAAGAAUUGGGUUGUGAUGAAGAGAUUCAAUAUUUUGCUGAAGAAGCUUUAGAUCCUAUUAUGGAUGAGACUCAAAGGAAGAAGAAACAAAGGGAACUUGAAGAGAGAUUGCUUGCACUUUCAGCCACCAUACCCAGUAGUGGCUUCAAGAAUAACAAGAUGGACGAUAGAUCAAUCCUUGACAAUGCUAGCAACUACGUGAAACAACUCCAACAACGUGUGAGGGAGCUAGAACAAGAAGUUGGUGGUGGAUCCAACAGUAACAAAGGUUCCACGUCUUAUAAUAACGAAGAAGUAAACUCUUAUAAUAGUAAUAAUAAUUGUGAUGAAUUCUAUUAUGGAGAAGGUGGUGGCAAUAAUAUUAAUCUUCCUGAGGUCAAAGUAAGAGUGUUGCAAAACGAAGUGCUCAUCAUAAUCCAUUGUGAGAAACAAAAGGGUUUGAUGCUCAAAAUUCUAACAAAGCUUGAGAAUCUUCAUCUUUUGGUUCUCAAUAACAGUGUCUUGCCAUUUGGGAAGUCAACCCAAGACAUAACCAUUGUUGCUCAGAUGGGAGAUAGAUACAACAUGACAGUGAAGGAAUUAGUGAAAACCCUGAGAUUAACUAUCUUGACACAAUAGUCAUCAGUUAAUUAUUUAUAUAUAUUUGUAUGUAUGAGAUCAUGCAUUCAGAAGUACUUAUGAUUAUUUCUAUAUGUUUAUAUGAGACAUCCAAAUUCAAGUUGUGGUUUCAUUCAAUGGAGACUAGUUAUUCAACUUGUAAUGUUGCUCAAAAAAUGCUACAUAUAUAUACACUACUGGUUUG